UUUGUUUAUUUAUUUUUCAUCUUAUUUUGUGUAGAAAAAUAAAAAGUAAGAUAUUUGAGAACAGUGGAAUGUUUUAUCAGAGCUUUUAUUGUAGAAAAUUGGAACCAAAGCAAAGUUUAUUCAUUUUUCUGUUUUUAAUAAAUGCGUUUUGUUUUUUUUGAAAACCUGAUGCGGUUUUUAAAAACCUGAUGUUUUUAAAAAAAAUUUGUUUUUAAUAAAUGCGUUGUUUUUUGGGGGGGAAAACCUGAUGCGGCCCAGUCUCACCCAGACCCGAGCUCCAGUGGCCCCCAAGUAAAUUGAGUUUGAGACCCCUGUUCAAGAGGAUGGCGGGGGUGCUGGAGCCUAUCCCAGCUGUCACCCUGGACUGGUGGCCAGCCAAUCACAGGGCACAUAUAGACAAACAACCAUUCACACUCACAUUCAUACCUAUGGACAAUUUGGAGUGGCUAAUUAACCUAGCGUGUUUUUGGAAUGUGGGAGGAAACCGGAGUACCCGGAGAAAACCCACAUGGGAGAAUUCCACACAGAGAUGGCCGAGGGUGGAAUUGAACUCGUGUCUCCAAGCUGUGAGGUCUGCACGCUAACCACUUGACCGCAGUGCAGCCUGUUUUUUUCAAUGUAUAUAAAAAAGUUUUGUGUCCAUUUUGUGUUAAGCUGUUGUUUAAAAAACCAAAAGUGUGUAUUCAACUUACGGUAUUAAACGGUACAUUUAUUGCAGAUAAGAGUGUGUUUCUAUCAAUUAAUUGUUAUUAAUUCCAAGUUAAUUAUGGGACUCGUCAAGAUGAAACGUUUGAAUCGAUCGGCGUCCCAAAUCUUGUGCACCGGGAUCGAACGUUGUCGGGAGGCAGGUGCCACGUGCGUGCACGCGUGUCCCCACCUCGUGCUGACACCGCGCAAUCAUCCCGCCCGCAGGAGGGAGGCGGAGACCAGGCUUUGUCAUCGAGGAGUCGGCAGCGGCAACACUCCCGCACUCCCGCACGUCCGACGCCCGACGCGGUCCGAUGCCGGACGUGCACCUUCCUACCGCCAGCCUCCUUCGCACACCGCGGACCUCCAUUGUUGACGCAUCGCCAAUGUUUGGACUCGGGCGGCGGUGGAAAGAGAGGCGCGUCCGAAGUGUCAAACGGUCCUGCGGAUGCGCCGUCCAAUGCACGGUAGCCAUAUGAUUCAUCCGCACCGGGCUCUCCUUCUCCGCUAAAAUGGAAAGGUUCCAGUCUUCCAUGCGCAAGCGGCUUUACAGCUUGCCGCAAAACAUGGGUCCGAAAGCCUUCGCGGUGGACGAGGGGGACAACGGCGACAAGGACACGAAGAGGAAAAGUAUUCUGCUGAGACAUCUGUCCUCUCUGUCCUCUCUGUCGCCGGCCAACAGUUGCCGGAGCAUCGACGAGGCCGGCGGGAUAGAAGACGGGGAAGCCGCCGGGAAGACCAACUUGAACGGAGACUGUCGACGCUUCAAGAGCAGCGUCUCUUCCGUCAGCGGGCGUCAUCCGCCGGGGUCGGAUCCGGCGGAGCAGCGCUGCCUCAUCCCGGAGGCGGACGCCGGUGUCGGUGAGAGUUCCCCCGGCGAGCGCGGCCCGGCGGCGGCGGCGGCGGCGGGUCGCGGUGGCGGUGGCGCCUCCGGCCGCCCGUCCGCCUUCGACCAGUCCACUUUCAUCAAGUUGGAAGGCACCGAGCAAAUCAUCCCCGAGGAUGAGCGGCUCUAUCAGGCUGGCUUCAUGCACCGGCAGUUCGGGGCCAUGCUCCAGCCCGGAGUCAACAAGUUCUCUCUGCGGAUGCUGGGCAGCGAGAGGGCCGUGGAGCACGAAAGGGAGCGGGUCAAGUCUGCUGGUUUCUGGAUUAUUCACCCGUACAGCGAUUUUAGGUUCUACUGGGAUCUGACCAUGCUGCUUCUGAUGGUGGGAAACCUCAUCAUCAUCCCUGUGGGGAUCACCUUCUUCAAAGACGAGCACACGCCCCCCUGGAUUGUCUUUAACGUGGUCUCGGACACUUUCUUCCUUAUGGACCUGGUCCUCAACUUUCGCACGGGCAUCGUCAAGGAGGACAACACCGAGAUCAUCCUGGACCCUCAGCAAAUCAAGAUCAAGUACCUGAAGAGCUGGUUUGUGGUGGAUUUCAUCUCCUCCAUACCCGUGGACUACAUAUUUCUCAUCGUGGAGACUCGCAUCGACUCGGAUUUUUACAAAACGGCUCGAGCCCUGAGAAUUGUGCGCUUCACCAAAAUCCUCAGUCUGCUGCGCCUGCUGCGCCUCUCCAGACUCAUCCGCUACAUCCACCAGUGGGAGGAGGUUUUCCAUAUGACCUACGACCUGGCCAGCGCCAUGGUGCGUAUCAUGAACCUGAUUGGUAUGAUGCUGCUGCUGUGUCACUGGGACGGCUGUCUGCAGUUUCUGGUCCCGAUGCUGCAAGACUUCCCUCCCGAUUGCUGGGUCACACGAAAUAAGAUGGUGAACGACACGUGGGGUCAGCAAUACUCCUACGCUCUCUUCAAAGCCAUGAGCCACAUGCUGUGCAUCGGCUACGGGCUCUACCCACCCAUCGGCAUGGCCGACGUGUGGCUCACCAUCCUCAGCAUGAUCGUGGGGGCCACCUGCUUCGCCAUGUUUGUGGGCCACGCCACCGCUCUCAUUCAGUCUCUGGACUCCUCCAGGAGGCAAUACCAAGAAAAGUACAAACAGGUGGAGCAGUACAUGUCCUUCCACAAGCUCCCGGCGGACAUGCGGCAGAGGAUCCACGACUACUACGAACACCGCUACCAGGGCAAGAUGUUUGAUGAGGAGAGCAUUUUGGAGGAGCUGAAUGAGCCACUGAGGGAGGAGAUCAUCAACUUUAACUGCCGCAAGCUAGUCGCCUCCAUGCCUCUGUUUGCCAAUGCCGAUCCCAACUUCGUCACCUCCAUGCUGACCAAACUGCGCUUUGAGGUCUUCCAGCCAGGAGACUACAUCAUCAGGGAAGGAACCAUCGGCAAGAAAAUGUACUUCAUCCAACACGGCGUUGUCAGUGUUCUCACCAAAAGCAGCAAAGACACCAAGCUGUCGGAUGGCUCUUAUUUUGGAGAGAUUUGCCUCCUGACGCGAGGCAGAAGGACCGCUAGCGUUCGAGCUGACAACUACUGUCGUCUCUACUCUCUUUCUGUGGACAACUUUAAUGAGGUGCUGGAGGAGUAUCCCAUGAUGAGGAGGGCCUUCGAGACCGUGGCCCUGGACCGGCUCGAUCGCAUUGGAAAGAGGAACUCUGUUCUUCAACAUAAAGUCCAGCAUCACCAAAGUUCUGGCACGUUAAACCUCCAAGAAAGCGAGAUCAUCCAAAGAAUAGUACAGCAUGACCGCGACAUGGCCCAGUGCACACAACUCAUCCAGACCUGCACCGCGCAGAGCUUGACCGCUCCCCCUGCUCCCGCAUCGCCCACCCCGGUCAUCUGGGCCCCCCUGGUUCAGGCACCUCUCCAGGCGGCCGCUGCCACCACGCCGCUGGCGCUGGCCUUGGCUCACCACCCCCAGCUGCCCCCCAUUCUAUUCCACCAUCCUCUGGCCGUCGGCUCCCUGAAAGACACCAUGGGUCACUCAAAAAGAGUCCACAGUGGGGUGCUUCCAUCUGGGCCCAAUUCUCCCCUGAGUUCAGCCAAAUUCCACCCAGGGGUGGACGCCGCCCCACUGGGCUCCAUUAGAGUGCCGCACCUCACCACUGGACCGCUACCGACCCUGACCUCUCAGCCCAUCUUCACCAGCAGCUUGCAGCCUGUGGCCCCCCCCCACUCGGGCGUGGCCUCCAACUUCCCCGUCGGCCAGGCCGCUGUCUCCUACACGUGCGCCGCUCAGCUCCACUCGCAGCCCUUCCACGGCACCAUCGCCGCCCCGCCCCAUCCGUUCGGUUUACUCCAGCAGCAGGGGGAGGUAGCGAGCCUCGCUGGGAGAUUCCCGGCCCCCUCCUCUUGCGCCAUAAGUCCUCUGAUCUCCAGCUCUGUCAGCCCAAUUCUAAGCCAGCUGCAGGAGGGCUCGCACGCCAUCACGCAGCAGAUGGGGUCCUGUCAUGGCGGCGUCAGGAGGACUGCCAGUGGUCAGAACUUCCCGCUUUUACCCAUCAUCACCAGCGCCACCCAGCCCACCGUGAGGUUUAUUCCGACAGCGGGCGGGGGCGGAUGUGGGGGCGGUGCUGCGGCAACUCUGGCCCAGCACAGUCUGACGGGCCUGCGUUCGGCGUUCCUGCCGGAGGUUCUGCCUGAGCAGUCCGCCCUUGCCGCCUUGGCGCAGUACGGCUCUGCAGAGGCGUCACCAUGCUACACGCCGCCCCUUCACAGUCCCAGCCUGCAGAGUCCGGCUAGGGGAAGGACGCUUUACCAAAACCAGGACAUGCACAGCCCCUUUCACACUCAGACCUCAUGCCCAGCCGGGGUGGCGACCCCCAUCAGGGAUCACGACGAAUCACCAGGGGAGAUAAAGACCAUAUCGGGCUCUUCGCACCACACGCAAGACAGGCUUUCAGGGGGGGUGACGAGCCCCUUCUCCUCCCCUGUUGCGGCCAAUAAAGCCCAACUCUCCAUGCCGGGCCACGCCACCGCCGUCACCUGGACGCAUUCAGCACUUGAACCUCAGUUUCUGACGGUAAACUCUCAGCUGUUGGAGGUGGAACACAAACAGUCCAAAUUUCCCUCCAGCUUGUGAGGCUCAGACACACCCUCCUUCCUGCUUUCAUGAUGGAAGUCCAAAACCCCCCUCAUUGACCCCGCUUCUGUCAAUCAAGGAGGGUGUGUGACUCGUAUCCAGCUUCGUAGCGACGCCCUCCACCACAGAAGGUACUGGACAUGGAUGGACUCUUUUUCUACAGCGUAGUUCUCCUUUAGAUAUAAUAAGAAAAGGACCCAUUGCCAAGUAAAUACAGUAUAAUACCUGUAGCACCUCAUGGAAAUAUGGAAUUAUCGACUCCUGUAUUACAACCAUUAUGUGAUGAUUUCAGUUGUUCAACCCCGUGUACUUUGCAACCUUCACCUGUCGCCACUUCUUUACGGUCCUUAUGUUUGACGAUUGAAACGCACGGCGUCGGGAUAGACGUUGGACUCGGUCAAGGAUUUACGUAUAAUCCAGUACAGUGGAUCCCCGCAUAUUCGCCAUUCUGCAUUCAGUUUGCAUAUGUCCAUAAUGUCCAGCAUAGAGUAGACAGCCGAUAAUUUCAAUAUUUUUAUGCUUCACUGAUGUUUUUGUCGGUCCUUGAAUGCACCACAGACCUGCACGACACUUGUAGCGAGGUGAACGCAAGUUGAUGUAUGAAGAUAUCGUGGAUUAUGUAGACGGAAAUGGACACAGGACACUACGAAGGCAAAGACUACAUGAUUGAGGAGAACUGUACCAGAUGACUUUGUAUCCAGCUCACAUCAGAACAGACAGUUUCCACUAACAAGCAGUGAUGAAGAUUCCCAUGAUUUCCGGUAAUUUCCGUGAAAAAGCACAUGAUUGGUAUAGCCAAUACACGCCUUAUAACGCCCAGCAUUCAGCCUGCAGCCAAAGUUAAACAUGUCUGCCGCGUGGGACUUCCUGUUGUUUUGCACGUGACAGGAUGUGGUGAGUGUUUGAGUCUUGGUGGCUCACGUAGCCAAAACGCCGGACACUCGUCCAUGUGUGUGUGGCAGUUGGAGGCCAAAGUGGUCGGAUUGGUCGGACUGGAUGGCCUGCUUUUCAUUUCAGAAAGAAAUGCAUUGUGGGAGUUGUGGAUACCAAUAUUUUAUUUUGUUAACAAACAUAUUCGCUUGGUUGGGCUGAAAUAAGCUAUGCAAAUACCGUAUUUUCCGGACUUUUUUUCCUAGGUUGGCUGUUCCUGUGACUUAUACUCCAGAGCGACUUAUAACUGUUUUAGUUAGUUUGUAAAAUAAAUUACCCCCAAAAAUGCGACUUAUACCCCAGUGCGACUUAUGUAUGUUUUUUUUCUUCCUAAUUAUGCAUUUUUGGCCUUGUGCGACUUAUAGUCCAGAAAAUACGGUAAAUGUUACAAAAACAACUAGCCAUUUUCAUACCGUUAAAGUAGCUUUAAAAAAUAUUGGUGACCCCUAAUAUAGCCAAUAGUACUAGUACACUGGUACUAAUUUACACUACAACUAUAUGACCGGUGUCAGACGAUUUCACUCAUCGAUGAUUGGUAUCAGAAUCGGCAGCAUAAAACCCCGAUCGGCGCAUCCCAAAAAGAUAACCUUUGACCUUGUAUGUAUGUCAAGGCAUGUAUGUUCACCUUGGUAGCUUUUAUUCAGAUUUCCGUGUUUAGCUUGUUCUGGUACAGAGAACGCUAUGAUAUCAUAGAUGCUGAUCUGUCGCCUGCAAGCCUCUAGCACCAGCCAUAAAACCUGGUCUAACCAGGUCAGGUCAAAGACUACACCGUGACCCCGACUCCAUCUUUUCAUUGGUCAUUCAUUAGUGGUGACUACCUGUACAUGUUAUACUUUAAAUGUGUUUGAUAUGUGUGUGAGGCAUAUUUAGCACCUAAACCCGGAUUGAACAACGGCAAUUGAAGAGAGAAUGGGAGGGUUUUCGAGCUGCAACAUGGGAUAACGCCAACGAGUCAUGUGUUUAUAAAAGACAUGUAGAAAUGACUAACGUUUACAAACGCAUAGUACAGUGAUGGCCAAAGGUUUUUGAGGUUUGCGUCUUCCUCAAAGGUAUUAUGGUCUUAGGAGUUUCCUGGCCAUGGACCCAAAAUGUCAAUGUUUUGUUCCCAGAGCGAAUUAGUUUUCACUUUUACCUCCUGGCAAGGUGCUCCAUCAUGCGGGGAAAAGUAGGCCGUUCAGAGGCCGUUUUGGUAUCAUCCUUUAUUCAACUGGUACUUUUGUGGCAGGACUGAAAUGCAGUGGAAAUUGUGUUUGAGGGGAUUCGGUUCCUUAUGAGGGACUUUGUAAUUUAUCUUAUGAAUCUUGAUAACAUUCUGCAGUAUAAGUCAAUUGCCAUUACAAAAAGAACAAAAACAUUACUCUCAAUGUGUCCUGAAGGUUUGAGUGAGUAGUUUGAUGGCGCGUGUUGCCAUGUAAUGGUGUAACGGUGAUUGUGCUGGAAAGAGAGCUGACCCAAAAAGGCAAAGCUCUCAUUUUUCCAGUAAUCUUCAUUCCUACUGUUAUUUAUGCUAAGAAAUUGUGGGUAAUGUCCAAAAGGACACCGAAAGCAGCCCAAAUGACACUUUCUGAGCGUACUGUAUACCCUUUAAAAUGUGAUGAGGGGCUCAGUCAUCCAGACUCUUUUGGUGUAGAGUUCCAGGCAUGUCCUCGGGCAGACACGUCGGAGUUGCCGUGACGUUGAGCCUCCCCUACAUUGGACUGGCUGUCCUUUGCUGGCCCUGCAAGAUGGACCAGGAUGUACGAAUGUGUUGAAGUCAGCAUGUCUUCCAAGAUGCUUAUUGCACAAAAAAAGCAGAUAUCAAACUAGUGAAUGUAAUGUUUGUCUACUUGAUGUUCUAUUGCAACAUCGUGCUGGGACAUUUAAGCCAUGCAGUAUUUACACUCACUUUUGCUGUGACUUCAAUCAGAAAGGCAAAGAAAUCAUAUAUGUCAUCCCAUAUGUCACAUGACCGUAUGACAAACAUGGUGAAUGUUUCCUGCACCAGUCAAAGGGCUAAAAACAACAUAAUGAGCAGGACACAUUUACCUCUUUGUUGCUGCUAAUCAACAAGAACGCUUCCCGGCUUGGUUGUUGAACCGCCUGUUUUGCGAAUCUUGAGGCCGAGUGACCGAGCGAUGCUGUGGGUCAGCAGGCAACAUCUCCGCCGGCGGGCUGGAUCAAUCCCUCAUUAAUAUUCCCCUCCAAGCUCACACCAGCAGCUUGAAUGUAACGUUACUUUGAGUGCAAGGUGUGGGAACACUCAUCUAUUUCUCUAUGUUUAUUGUUCUUUUUCAUAGUUCCAUCUGUGUGUAUAUUUUAACGUUUAUUUUAGCUAUGGAAUUCAAUGCAAUAAAUAAUGAUCUGGUCAGCCAUGCAUGUCUAUAAAGUUGUGUUCUUUCCAUAACAAAGGUAACGUUGAUAAAGGG